AUGUCGGGAGGUAAACCCACCCUGGUCAGGAGCCCGGCGAGCGAUGUAUCGCCAAAGUCACAACCGACAUCUAAGAAAACCGAUUACUUUAAUCUCGAAAAGAAGAGCAGUCCAUUGAUCGGAGCUGGUUCCCCGCAUAGUAGCGCAAAGAGCACUCCUCGGGCUGAGCCUACGCAACGAACAGUCGCCGUUAAUCCGAAAGAUGUGAAAGGAAAAGGGAAGGAGAUUGUCGAAAGCACGGGGGAUGCGAGCGCGACGACUCCAGGCGAGACGGCCUCUAGUUCGGGGAGUAGUGGUCCUUCGUCUAGAAAGGGAUCUAUCUCGUCCGUCACCUUUGCGCCUCUCCGUAACCCAUCUUUACCCCAAGGUCUAAAGAAGCCGCAUGCUGGAAAUCGCAUUCGAGCGGCUUCACCACCACACCGCAGCUUUAUGGCAACCGAAUCACUAACCGAUACACCUCGCCCCAAAAGGUUCGAGUCUCAUGUCGCAUUCGACAACAUUCCCCUCGGAGAGUCAACCGAUUACAACCCUACCUCAUAUACUCUUAACUUCCGACAUUCGGGCUUUCAGUUUCGGCGGCGGCACCGCACCUUCAUGGUCGGUGUAGACGACAACUCGUACUCCGAUCAUGCUUUACAAUGGUUGCUAGAUGAACUGGUCGACGAUGGCGACGAGAUAGUCUGUGUUCGCGUAUUCGAAUCUCAAGUCCGUCUUACGGACAAGGCAUACCAGGAUGACGCAAUGGCUCUGAUGGAAUCCAUUCAAUCCAAAAACACCCAAAACAAGGCGAUUGGAUUGGUUUUGGAAUAUGCUGUUGGGAAGCUACAUAACACUUUCCAACACCUGAUCAAAAUAUACCAGCCGUCCAUGCUAAUUGUCGGUACAAAGGGCAGGAGUCUUGAUGGUGUUCAAGGAUUCCUCGUUAACCGCAGCUCUUUUUCGAAGUAUUGCUUGCAGUAUUCGCCAGUACCCGUCGUAGUCGUACGUCCCAAUGAGAAACGUGAGAAGAAAAAGGCGAAGCGAGCGCAUGAUCCCUCUAGGCAAAGCUAUGCGCACAUGCUGUUAGGACAGCCACACGAGGCUGACAGCGAGAACAGCAGCGUCUACGAGCUAGAGCCGAAUCUUACUCCGGAUGAGGAGGCACACCGCGUCGCCGUAGCCGUAGGGCUACCGGCUGCCUACGACCCCACUAUCAAACCCAUCGAUCCUACCACCCUGCUCAAGAGUUAUGGACGCCGAGCUGUGCCAGAAGUCUCCAAGGAAGCACUUGCUAUAAUGAGCAAAGGCGGCCUACCUGCUGAGAAGAAGCCGCCGGGCCACGAGGACUCAGACUCGGACUCGGAAGGGGAGUUCGAAGUUAUGACAGCCGAGGAGGAGCUACUUAAGAAGGAGCGACUACACAAGAUGGAAGUUAACGAGGGGGCGGCGCUCAGAGCAGAAAGUAGGAAGUUGAGCUCUGGUUCUGCCGAUAGUGACGAAGAUCCACCGGGUGGAGGGGGUGCUAAGACAUGAUGGAAAGUUACACCUAGGCAAUCAACAGAUGCGGUGGAUAUCGAGUCUUCGUUUCCGAUAUCUUUUUGUUACAAUUGGGCGUAGUCUAGUGGGGAGAGGGAGAGAAGAAAGUAGGUGGAUGAUAUAACAGACCUUCCCCGGCGUUGUUGAUAUAGCACGCGAGGAAGCAUCAGUUGCACACACAAGGGUCACGAACAUAGGUAAAUGGCGUCGAAAAUCAUCAAUAUUAUGUCAGGAUUUGGAGGAAUACCCAAGGCUAAAGCCUGGCAGCGCUGGGAGGAUUCUCUAGCGCCAGCUCGUAUUGCGAGCAGUUAUAAAUAGGUACUUAGUAAGGAUAAGCAUUAUUCUCCUCCCACGCUCUCGGCCAUAUUGGGAGCCUGACCAUAAUUCGAUGCUGGUGCUGUUAAUGCUGAUGUAUGUAUUGCGAUAGCUAAUGGAACAGAGAGAGCUAUGGACGCUUGGAACUAACCAUGGAUUGCGCCUUAUUCAUGAAAUCCAUCAUAUCUCAGCCCCCCUUACUAAUUAGUGAAUUGAUAGGUAGGUAAAGGACAGAUACCGGUUUCCCUAUCCACGACAACACACAACAGACCGACCAUGAACAUAUCCUAAACGAUAUCAUGCUACUUACUACCAGUCCGAUCCAGA